GCCGUCUUUAAAGGGAUGCUCUCAAGAAACAACAAAGUUGUAGCCAUAAAAGUUGUCAAACUCCGUGAACAUGGAGCCAGGAAGAGCUUCAUGGCCGAAUGUGAAGCAUUGAGACACAUCAGGCAUCGAAAUCUUGCCAAGAUCAUCACUUCAUGCUCGAGCAUAGACUUUAGAGGGAACGAUUUUGGAGCUUUAGUGUUCGAGUUCAUGCCAAAUGGGAGCCUGGAUAAAUGGUUACACCCAACAGGGGAAUGCGUGAUGCUGAAUAUAGUCCAACGCUUGCACAUCGCGAUUGAUGUGGCAGUGGCACUGGAUUAUCUUCACCACCAGUGCCAUGUACAGAUUGUACAUUGUGACUUGAAGCCAAGCAAUGUCCUUCUCGAUGAUGACAUGCAUGCACUUGUAAGUGAUUUUGGCCUGGCAAAGUUUCUCAUGGCAAGAGCCUCUCAAGCAGAAAGCAGCUCGAUUGGCUUGAGAGGCACCAUUGGUUAUGUUGCUCCAGAGUACGGUCUUACUAGAGAAGUAUCGACUCAAGGUGAUGUCUACAGCUAUGGAAUUCUCUUACUCGAAUUGUUCACUGGAAAAAGACCCACAGAGAGCAUGUUUGCAAGCAACUUUAAACUCCAUGAUUUUGUUGAAAUGGCCCUUCCGGAUAGGCCCAUGAAAGUAAUAGAUCCCUCACUCAAUCUGGAGGAAGAGGGCAACUCGGACAACAAUGGGCAAUGUGUAAACACAGGCAACAUUAGAACGUGCUUGGCAAUGAUCCUUCAAGUUGGGGUCGUCUGUUCUGCCGCAUCACCACGUGAAAGAAUGGACAUUGGUGACGUUAUCACCGAACUGUAUAAGGCAAAGAGUAUCCUCUUGGAGACAAGGUUGAGCUAG